GAAUGUUUAUAAAUUACAUAUUGUCUUCAAGAUGAUUGAGGAUCAAUAACUGCAAAACUUGUUUUGCCGACCUCUUUCUGAGCGAAGAUCUGUGAUGGAGGGAGAAGAGGCUUUAAUCCAUUUUAAUUGUUUUGUGCACUACCCAAGUUUCACAGAAGAAGGACUAGAGGUAGAAACGGUCGCAAGGGGAAACGGCAUCCAACUUCCUCCCAGCACACAACUUUCGAGUCUUGCAGCGAGCGUGUUGAGCGACAUGUUCCAAAAGCAAGAAAUAGACGGUAAAAUUAUCAUGAAAGCGGACAACGCCAAAGUGUUGAUUCAAGUGCGUGACCACUGGAAACCACAUCCACUUGCAGACUUCACCUCAGCAGGUGACCUGGAAGUGACAUUGCUUGAUUCAUUUGGUGAGAUUCUAUUUGCCAAAGAUGCAGCAAUCAGCCUUCAUGUUCAUCUUUGUUAUGAUAAGGAUUGGGAUGAUCAAAAAGUCAAGACAGCUAUCAAGAAACUUCUAGAGUACUACAGCCAAACUCACCUAGAACGUAUGCUGUGUCCAUUUUCACAGGGCAUGCUGUCACAGAUAUCCAGAGACCAAUACCCUUGCCGUCUGUCGUCAGAAAAAAUAAAACUGUUUGCUGCAUGGUAUGAACAUUCUCAGCUGAGCAAAGAACAAGAGCAAGAUGGUUCAUCCUCACCUGGGAAGAAAAUGUUAGCCACUCUACGUGGAAAGAAAAUUGUAUUCAAUUCAACUGUUGAAAUUCCACUGCUUAGGAAAUGGUAUGAAGAAAACCCCAAGCCAGAUAUUAAAGAUCUGACAAGAUAUGCCGAAAUCCUAAACAACUUGGACCAGCGCAAAACAAGAGAACAAGUUCUAGCUCGACAUGUGAAUACAUGGUUUAAGAAUGAAAGAGCACGACUCAGGAGGGAGGGACUUCUGGAAGACUUGUCAAGACCUUCCAUGGUGGUAACUACUGGUACAUAGUUAACCCUUGACACCCUAAAAUCAGUAUGCAUAUUCUCCUUACUGCUUUUUAUUCAUUUCCUAAGAUGCUGACAACGAGAGUUUGUUUACCAAUCAAAAGCUUCUUUCAUUUGUGAUCAUUUCCUUUAUUCUCAUGACCUUAAUGUGUGAUUCAGGGGUGAUAUUAUUAGGAGAAAUUUGAUGCUGGUCACUCUUAGGGUUUAAAGCAGUCUGUCCGAAGGAUGGUUUCACAUGAAUCUUAGUUCAUGUGUCUCAGUCACCCACCCCCAGAUGGUAUUAAAAAAAAGGUACAUUUUAUUAUUGAUUUGGCAUUUAUUGCAAUUGAUUUGGUUUCUCUAACUUCUUGGUGCUGAUUUGUACUAAGGCAAACCACUAUAAUCAAAAAUCUCUGGUGUUAUUUGCUUGAAUGGUAGUCUGAGUUUCUAUACCCUGUGUAACCAUAGCUGCACAAGAAACAUGAUUGAUUUAACAAGAAGUUUUGUUAUGAAAUAGAUGGUAAUUCUCACACUUUGCAUUUUCUGUCACCUUAUGAAAAAUUGGGAUCUUGUGGAGCAGCAGGGUGAAUUUGGAGAAAGCUGAAUGUACUGGAAACUCUUGUGAAACUGAAAUACAUCACUUAAACAACUAUAACAAUACAACUUGCACUGUUUUCUGUACAUGUAGAGUAAGUAUAAUAUUGGGUUGACAGUAAUAGUCACAGUUAUGCCACGUGUUACUCAUAAGCCUUUUGCAAUUUUACUUUGAUAACUGGGUGACACCUGGGCAUGGGAAAGGGAAUUUUAAACAGGAACUCUUUACAUGGCCAAAAAGUUAAAAGAAUACACAAAUUAUGGGCAGGCCUACUUAGGCCUAACGUUGAUAAAUAUUCAGUAUCUUUUCUUUAGAUUACAUGUUAAAUGGUUUUGAUUGUUAUGCUCAAACUUUGAGGCACUUAAAUUAUCAGCAAGCAAAAUGAACUUGUCUUCAAUAGGCUUUCCAUAUUACCUCAGUUAUUUAAUUUUUUUAUUUUUCUUUGUAAAGUCUCUGAUUAGUGAGACUAUCUUUGUUUAGGAAGGAGGGUAUGGAUACUCAUCCUUCCCCCUUUUACAACAAAUCAAGCAUAGACAGUACAUUUGAAAGAAUUAAGAGAGCAUUUGCAGUCUAUUUUUCCAAGGCAAAGGUGUGGAAACAAAUGAGUCAAGUUUAUAAAUUGGGAUGAUCAGUUUGAAUUAAAACAUUAGUCAAUUUAAGAAAGGUACAUAUGGUACAUACUACAUUUAAAGAAUGUAAUAACAGAACUGCAGCUUUAGAGACAGCUUAAAACUAAAAUGUAACAACUACUGCAAUUAAUUUUCAUUUGUAGAAGAUUAAUGUCAUCUAUAUAGUGAACUUUGCUUUUCUUCAAGCUCUUUAUUACAAAUAUCAUAGCUUUGGAUCAAUAUCAGUAUCUGGGCAACUGCCCACCUACCCCUCCCCUAACCCAACAUUAACCUUAACUUGUUGUUAAUUGACUGUUGUUGAGUUAGGGGAGGGGUAGGUGGGCAGUUGCCUAGAUACUGAUAUUGAUCCAUAGCUUUCAAGUGUUAGUUGAAUGGUUAUGUUUUCUGAUUGAUUUAGAGCUCGUAGUAUUUUGAGGGUGCUUACCCAUGGCCAGAAUGGAAUACCCAGACCAGUAAAGUUAAAAUGCAGUUGGUCAUUUUGGAUAGGUUUCUUUAGCUGUGACAAACCUUUUAUUAAACCAUAGGUACAAUUAAGGAAAUUACUGGUCAAGCCUAGCAAUUCUGAUUGACCUCUUAAUUAUCAGAGAAAGAUAUUUGUCUUGAGCUUGGAGCAAAAGUCAAAAUUAAAGAAUCUUCCUGUUUAUUCUUUUCAUUAGUGGGGUGUUUGAAUGAGGCAAUCCUGACUACUGGUGAGCACCCUCAACCCUUUAACUCCCAGGAUCUCAUUAGUAAUUCUCCUUACCUUGUUGGACAAUUCUCAUGAUGUCAGCUAGGAGAAUUUGGUAUUGGAUCAUCUAAUAAUCCCCUAAUUGGUGUGUUUAUUGCUUCUUGUCACCUAUCUACUUGUUAUUGUAUUGACAUUGUAAGGAGAAAUUCUGUCUUGGUCACUCAUGGGAGUUAAAGGGUUAAAUAUGAUAGUGGUACAACUCUGUAUGUAUUUUCACGCAUUAUAUAAACUUGAGGAAAAACUAUUAAUGUAAAUAGUAUUUAAUGUAAAGUAAUAUAUUUAUGCAUGGUUUAAUCAGACUUGUGUAAAGACAUUUGUGGAAUUUUUUGUUCGAUUUCUUCCUGAGUUUCGUCUCUUACCCACUGAGAUCUGAUCUGUAAUUUUUCCUCCUACAUUGUACGUGGGCUAUUAUGGAUAACGGAUAACUAUACAUCAAAGAUCUUAUCGUUGCACUGUCGUCGUGAUCAUCUUUCUAAUUUGUUAGCGCAUUACUUUCUUCCUGUUUAACUGGCUGUCAGAUAUGGAUUGGUUAACCACUGAAAUGAAACGAUGAAAGGGAUGAGGAGAUAUUAUGUCACUUGGUUAGAUUGUUUGAUAAAUGAAUCGGAUCCUCCAAUAGAUCCACGAUGCGUUAUUAGGAGUUAUGGCAAUACAGGAUAUUUUUAGAUAAAAAAAAAUAGGAAUGCAGGAGGAAUACUUCAAGAAAAAACUAAGAGCG